CGACACGGCAUCGUCUGCACUCGCCCUCCACCACGCCGAAUUCACUCCCGGCGCCCUCUCCGUGCCGUGCACCCUAUCCGGAGCCGUCCCGUCCUUUUCUAUUACCAGCGGCCUCUCUAUCCCACAACACCCUUCACGCAGCUUGGGAACGACUGGCUAGGCAGCACCUUUACUGACGCCAUGGCACCGCGCAUCAACCUUCCGCCCUUAACGCGGAGCCUUCUCGUGUCGCUCGUCGUCCUCACAGUCCUCAACGCUCUCCUGCGGCCCCAGGACGACUGGGUCUCCAAGGUUGAGAAGCCCAUCGUGGGCGUAGGAGAUGGCGUGCCAUACCUCGCCAUUGUGCCAGGAGUGUCAAUAAUAUACCCUUGGGUGUUUCUGCUAGCCACCGUGGUCGAGCAGAAUGUCUUCGGCCUCGUAAUCACUGGGUUGACUGUCUUCUACGGCGGACGGUACCUGGAACGGGCAUGGAGCUCCACCGAGUUCACAAAGUUCAUCCUCUUCGUCGCCAUGAUACCCAAUCUUCUGACCUUCCUGAUCUACAUCCUCUCCUUCGUCAUCUCCAAGUCCGAUGCCGCGUUAACCACCACCAUCUCCGGCGGCGUCGCCCUCCAAGCUGCCUUCCUCGUCUCCUUCAAGCAGCUCGUCCCCGAGCACACCGUCGCCAUCCUCAAAGGCCUCAUCCGCAUGCGCGUAAAGCACUUCCCCGCCAUCUUCUUGCUCGCCAAUACCAUCUCCGGCGUCCUAUUCGGUACCGAAACCGCCCUCUUCCUCUCCUGGUUCGGCUUCUUCACCGCCUGGAUCUACCUCCGCUUCUAUCGCCUCUCGCCCAGCAUCUCCUCCGCUGCCACUGGCGACGGCAGCACCAUGAAGGGCGACGCCUCCGACACCUUCGCCUUCGCGUACUUCUUCCCCGAGCCGAUCCAUACCCCGAUCUCGAAGCUCGCGGACUCGGUCUACAGCACCCUGAUCACCCUGCGGGUCCUCAAGCCCUUCUCAGACUCGGACGUCGACGCUGGAAACGAGCAAGCGCACGCGCGAGCGGAGGGCGGGCUACCGAGUCUGAUGAACCCCAACGGACGAAGCGGACGUGGCGGCGGCCGGCGCGAGGAGGCGGAACGGAGACGCGCACUUGCUCUAAAAGCACUAGACCAGCGUCUCCACGCAGCAGCGAGCAAGCCCGUGGCACCGGCGCCCCAGGCACCGCAAGCAGCGCACAUGCUAGGCGAGACGAACUACGAGCCGGAGCGGCACGGUGAGCAGCGGGAAGGGGAAGCAGGGCGGUCAUGAGAACCACAAUUAUUGUGAAGUUCGACACUAAGGAUGUUUUGUAAGAGAAGGGAUGUUCUAUAUCUCCGCAAUUGGUUUCUCGAGCAUUUGGUAUUGGGCGGGCAAAGGCGUUCUAAGAUUCUGCGCGUAGAUACCACUGUCUUGGUGUAUUGUUCUACUGCUUACCUCGCUGGGCCACCCCCGACAACGUCAAUUGAUUGUAAUCUCCAGGCGAAACCUGCCACUCUGAUUUCCGUGCUCGAGAUUGUGGCAUCACCUGUUUUCGCAUUGGGCUGGAAGGCUGACAUUCGUUUCCACGGUUAACGAAAGGCUAGUGCGAAUACCGCGCGCGUCGCUGGGACAGACUCGUCUCGGCGUG